AUGGCACAAACAAUUAUUAGUGUAGUCUAUAUUCCUCGUGGUGAAAAUAAAAUUUAUGCCUAUCCACCUCUUCCUCAAGACUCUCCUUAUAUGUUUGAUAUGUUACCAACUCUUGCAUUUCCAGAUACUGAAAAUAAUCCAUGUUAUUUUGUUGUUCCAUCAAACUCUCCAGCACAAAGAAUUUUUGGAAUAUCAAUGGUUUAUCCAUCACAUUGUAUUGUAUUAUUAACUAACUCUCUUUACUUUAAUCCAUUAUCACAAUUAUUAAAAGCAUACUAUCCAUUAUUUUCACAUCCAAAUCCACAAUUAUUAACAUCAAUUUAUAAUUCUAUGAAUAACUCUCCAUUGAAACCAGAACCAAUUAUACCACCAGAAAAUUUGUUCUCUUCUAUUAUCAAGUUAAUGAAAUUAUUAUUGCUCCCAUUUAAAACAGUAUAUUUCUUAAACCAAAUGGAGAGUCAAAUGAAGCCCUUGGAUUUUCCAUUACAACUUGACACUGUAAAUCAUCCCAUAGUCCCACAAUUUCCAGGAAGUUUGAUUGACAAAAUUAUUGGAACAGAAGGAUAUAUAAUUGGAACAUCAAAUCCAAUAUUUAGUGAAUUAACAAAAGAUUGGGACGUUGUGAUUAAUCUUGACACAAAUAAAAUUUUUUGUCAAAAAGAAAUUCAGGGUGUGAUUGUUGAUACUAGAGAGGACAAAUUAUUAACUCUAAGAAUGAAAGAGGCUUAUCAACGUAGAAAUAUUAUUAGUAUAAUGCAAAUGAUUGAAUGGUAUUAUCAAGGAUUAUUAAAUACAAUAGCACCAUUUGCCAAAAAGAUUUCCACUGUUUCUUGGAAUGAAAUAGCCUCAACUCCUGCUAGUGAAUAUGGAAUGGAAUUUUUAAAGGAGUGGUUGGCUGCACCAUCAUUCCAAGAAUGGAAAGAACGUGUUAUUAUAGAUAAUGCAUUAAAGCUUAAUAUUCAACACCCAGGAAAAACAAUAAGUACAGGCUUUGGUAUUUAUACUUCUGAGACUAUUGCGGCAUAUAUCACUGGAGAUUGGAUGAUUAAAAGUGCUGUUAAAGUUGAUAAUUUGUACAAAGGAUUAGAGUCAUAUUGGAAAAAAGAAGAUAACACUACUCAAACAAAUGAAGUUGAAGAACAGCCAAUACUUAUAAAUGAAAAAACAUAUAAAGACUAA